AUGCGGAUCUCUUAUCCAAACCACAGUUGGGAGAACAUGGAGUGGAUANGAUCAAUGGGCAUUGCAUACGAUGCCUGUCGAUCAAGUGUUGGUGAAAAUGGUGGCCACGGUACUCCACCCGAGGUAGAAUGCUUUGAGAAAUUAUGUCCUGCUGGGGUGGAGUGUACAGGCACCGGAGAUGGUGGUGGUGGUGGUGGUGGUGGUGGCCUUAGUUGUGCUGGUGGAAGCGGAGGAGGAGGUGUUGGCGGUAUCAAUGAUGGAGGUGCCAGAUCGAAGAGUAAAGGAGAGUUCGCUGUUGUCGGAAAAUAA